AUGCAAAUGCGCCGUGUGGCUGUGGCUGCCGCAGUAGGAAUGCCGGUAUGCCUGAUGAGUGCCCCCUCCGCCACAGCGAUGUGGAGGCAUGGCACCACGACCCCAGUUGUGCCUUCAGAAGGCGGGGGACGUCGCUUCUCACGUUUAGGAAUGGACGGAUUCACCGACGUCACGUACAACACCGCGGCGGAUCUCUUUUUGGACCACGUGGAUAACGUGUUGGAAGCUGUCGACAGCAAUGGCAUUGAGGAGGUGCAGCUUGCGGGUGGGGUGCUCUCGAUUGAGACGGGAGCGCAUGGGACCUUUGUGCUCAACAAGCAGGCGCCGAAUGUGCAGUUGUGGCUUUCUUCGCCCCUCUCUGGGCCACACCACUACGACAUGGUCUUGUCGGAGGGGGACCGCAAGGUGGAGAAGGUGCACGAUGUACAGUGGCUCGCCGAUAGCGACGGACACUCUCUGAAGGAAAAACUGGAGCGGGAGUUGACGGAGACGCUGGGAGUGGAGGUGAAACUCUGA